ACCUCCGACCAGCCCACCAGCGCAUAUCUGUGAUUGUUGUUUUUUUUCUAGUUUAGUCUAGUUACUGUUGUUUUUUGUCUGUGCUCAACCAGCUAUUUUUAUGCGGAUACCUGACGAACGCCACUGGCGAGUGCAAUUGAUGCGAAACGGCGUGCAAUAGUCACGCUUGGCCGGCCUGGCCACAUGCCCCCUAGAGGGCGCCACUUUGCUCACUGUUUUAUUGGAGCAAUGCAUGCGUAGCCAAUGCGGCUGAAACUGUUGCAAUUGUGUGUAAAUAAACUGUUCGAUUGAGUGAGUUUUGGGUGGUUUUUCCCCUUCGGGGACUUUGGGAGGCGGCACUGGCUGGCGCCAUCUCGGGGCCAUGUUGCGCAACUCCAGUUGUCAUGGUGUCAGCGUUCUUUGGUGGUAACACGAAGUGUUUUAACGGCUUUUUUGUGCUCAGGGGGCGAGUUGCGGCGCAGGGGGGCCAGCCCCCAUGUUGGCAGUAGAAUCGUCGCCCGGCCGACAUAACCUCACAAACCCAUCAGAUGGACGCCCUGAGCAAGUCCUUCCCGGGCAGGGAGCCCCAAAUCGCGCAACUGCUCGCCUACUUCAGGGCGGCGCCCUACCCGCCCGCUGUCUACAUCCGGGGGGGCCCCAGCAGCGGCAAGUGCGCCAUAGUGAGCGGCCUUUUGGGGGCCCUGCGGAUCCGGCACGCCCUGGUCGAUCUCGUUGAGUGCUACAGCAGCAAGGUGCUGUUCGAGCUGGUGCUCAACCAGCUGAGCGGACAUCGGGUGGAUCCAGCGGUGGGGGCGCCGUUCGCGGCCUGCGACCACCUGAUGGACUUUGUGGGCCAGUUGGGGCGCAUUGAGGGCCUGGACGGGUCGGUGGUGGUGCUGCGGCACGCCGAAGAGCUGCGGAAGAUGGAGGCGAACGUGCUGGCCGGGUUUUUGGGGCUGCGCCAGCUCACGCGUGUGCGAGUGUCGGUGGUUUUGCUGUCGGAAGUGGCCUUCGAGAAGUACUACCAUAAGCUGAACCUGAGCGAGCCGCUCAAAGUGCACUUUCCCCAGUACUCGAUGGAGCAGCUGCUGGACAUUCUGCAGCUGGAUUUUCCGCACGCGGAGCAGCUGAGCGCUGUGCAGGUGGAUCGCGAGUUCCACCGCAGCUACCUGAGCGUGUUCCUGCCGGUGUUCUAUCGGGCCUGCCGCGAUCUGAGCGAGCUGCGCCACAUGAGCAGGAAGCACUUUGCGCAGUACUGCCAGCCGGUGCUGGAUCAGCAGCUGCGCGCCCAGGACUCGUUGGCGCUGUGGAAGCGCAUCGCGCCGAUCUUCAACGCGGCCACCUCCGUGCUGUAUCUGCGCGUCAGCUCGAAGCAUCCAGGCCAGGGCCUGGAGCUGCCGUUCUACUCCAAGUAUCUGCUGAUCGCCGCUUAUCUGGCCAGCUACAAUUCCAGCACGGACGACAAGCGAUUGUUCAUGAAGUUCCACGGGAAGAAGCGCAAAACGCGGCACGAUAUCGAGCGGAAGAACAAGCCGUCGGCGCAUUUGAACACGCAGAUCGGGCCGAAGGCCUUCACUCUGGAUCGGCUGCUGGCCAUCUUCUACUCCAUUCUGGAGGACAAGGUCGGCUUCAACAACCACCUUCUGAUCCAGGUGUCCAGCCUGGUGCAGCUGCAGCUGCUCUCGCUCGCCUCCGACGAGUGCAGCCUGGAUGAGCGCAAGUACAAGUGCAACGUCAACUUUGAGACGAUCCAGACGAUUGCCAGGAUGGUGGGCUUCAAUGUGCGGAAGUUUCUCACCGAUUUCAGUCACAUGUGAAGCUGUUUGUCUAUUGAGGAAUAAAAUUGUGCUGAAUUUGA